GUGUUGAUACAGAGAGCAGGUUAAUCUACACAUGUGCUCUUCUUCCCUCUCUAGAAUGCCUCAGAUAUGCCAGAGACGAUUACCAGUCGGGACGCUGCUCGCUUUCCCAUUGUCGCCAGUUGCACCCUCUUCGGACUCUACCUCUUCUUUAAAAUCUUCUCUCAAGAAUAUAUCAACCUGUUGCUCUCCAUGUAUUUCUUUGUCUUGGGGAUCCUAGCCCUGUCUCACACCAUCAGCCCCAUCAUGAACAAAUUCUUCCCGGCUAACUUCCCCAGCAAACAGUACCAGCUUCUCUUCACCCAGGGCUCAGGGGAAAACAAGGAAGAAAUAGUGAAUUAUGAGUUUGAUUCCAAGGACCUUGUUUGCUUGGCCAUGAGCAGUGUCGUUGGAGUCUGGUACCUGCUGAGGAAGCACUGGAUUGCAAACAAUCUCUUUGGACUGGCGUUCUCUCUCAACGGCGUGGAGCUCCUGCAUUUGAACAACGUCAGCACAGGGUGCAUCCUGCUCGGGGGCCUCUUCGUCUACGAUGUGUUCUGGGUUUUUGGCACCAACGUGAUGGUGACUGUUGCCAAAUCGUUUGAGGCACCAAUAAAACUGGUUUUCCCCCAGGAUCUGCUGGAGAAGGGGCUGGAGGCUGACAACUUUGCCAUGUUGGGCCUUGGAGAUGUUGUAAUUCCAGGGAUCUUCAUUGCUCUGCUGCUGCGUUUUGACAUCAGUUUAAAGAAGAACACGCACACGUACUUCUACACCAGCUUUGUGGCAUACAUCUUUGGACUGGGCCUGACCAUCUUCAUCAUGCACAUCUUCAAACAUGCCCAGCCGGCCCUGCUGUACCUGGUCCCUGCCUGCAUUGGGUUCCCUCUCCUCGUGGCCUUGGUGAAGGGAGAAGUAACCGAAAUGUUCAGCUAUGAAUCCUCUGCUGAAAUCUUGCCACACACACCAAGACUUACCCACUUCCCAACCGUGUCGGGUUCUCCGGCCAGCCUUGCCGAUUCCAUGCAGCAGAAACUGUCCUGUCCCCGCCGACGCCGGCAGCAAAGCCCCAGCGCCAUGUAGCAAUCGCACCUGAUGCCCUUUCUUUGUCUGUCUCUGUCUGGCCAGCUAUGAGGAGAAUUCCACGCCAAAGGAGGAGCCUGGGGACUCCAAAGACGCAAGGAUGGAAACGGAUAAAAAAGAGAAGUGACCUUGCACGCCUGGGCCAGGAUGGGCGUGUCGGGGCCAGGCUGGGAUCCAGGCCCCAUCGCAAGGGAUAAAGAUAAAAAGACCAAUUGUGUAUCAGCAUCGUGGUGUGUGUGUGUGUGUGUGUGUCGGGAUGGGAGAAUCUCUGUAAGCCACAUCUCUGUCUGAAGUCUUUCUGCCAUCCCGACGUUCCACCUGGGGCCUGUCCUCGGCCACGCAGCGCUUUGGGCAGCCAUGCUCCCUUCUUUUAUUUCAUUUUUUUGUCAUCUCCUAAAUGGGUAGAAAAAAGGGGAGGGGGAAAACCAAGGGGCUGGUUUUUAAAUUUUGUAUUGUGGAUUCGCUUUCUCUCAUAUUAAACCAUCUCGAAGGAUG